AUGGAUGAGCCUUUUCUCUCCAGUAAUAUAGCAGGAGAGUCCAGCAGGUGUCCACCAAGAAGAGAAUUCCCCUCUAGUUACCUUGAUCUUGGACAGUCUCUACGUCAAUCGACGGCACACCAUGUCACUAAUGAUGCCAUUAUCCCCAUCAUCACAACACCAAAAUCUUCUUCAUAUGUAAAUCUCAUAGCCAAUUUGAACAAAAAGAAAGCAAGACGCACUCAUCGAUCUUAUUCUGCUCCAUCUUUGUUUACAGAUGCCAGGGAGACUUUUACAGAUUCUUUCGACCCCAGACCUAGCCCAAAAUCAACUCCUUUGAUUGUUCGGCAGGCUUUUGUUGCUGUAGUCUUGUAUGUAUUGGUUGUUGUGUUGAUAUUCCUUGUCAGUGGUAGCUUCAGGGGUACUGUAACAUUCAAGCCUGUAGAUGCCUUGUACUUCACAGUGGUUACACUUAGCACCAUCGGCUACGGUGAUAUAGUUCCAAAUUCAACAUUUACCAAGUUGUUUACCUGUGCUUUCAUUUUGAUUGGUUUUGGUUUCAUCGAUAUUUUGCUAAAUGGACUAGUCACAUACAUUUGUGAUAAGCAAGAGGCAAUUCUGUUAAGCACCAUGGAUGAGGGUAAGUCCAGCACUUUGGUCCAAGCUUACAUGAUAGACAAAGCUAAAGGAAGAAUGAGAAUCAGAACGAAAGUGGUCUUGGCUUCGGCUGUUGUCAUUGUUUGCAUUGCUGUAGGAACCAUUACAGUGCACUACCUGGAGAAGUUGGAUUGGGUUGAUAGUUUCUAUCUGGCUGUUACUUCUGUGACAACUGUGGGCUACGGGGAUUUCGCUUUCACGACCAUCACUGGAAGAUGUUUUGCCAUUAUUUGGCUAUUAGUAAGCACAUUGGCGGUUGCCAGGGCAUUUCUGUACCUGGCUGAACUAAGGAUUGACAGGAGGAAUCGUCGGAUUGCAAAAUGGGUUCUUCAGAAAAAGAUGACACUGGGCGAUCUAGUAGCUGCAGACCUCGAUAAUGAUGGAUCCAUCAGCAAAUCUGAAUUUGUUAUAUACAAGCUUAAGGAGAUGGGGAAAAUAGCAGAGAAAGACAUCCUGCAAAUCUGUAACCAAUUUGAUUCAAUAUAUAGUACCAACUGCGGCAAAAUCACUCUUGCUGAUCUCAUGGAAAGUGACUAG